GCCGUCCAAUCAGGGAGCAGCGGCGCCGGCCCGGAGCGCAGCGGCAUCGUCCCGCAGCAGAUCAUCCUCUGCUGGGUCCGAUCCUCCGGGACUGGGGGGUUGUUUUGAUUGAGGUUGACGGAAUUUGUUUUUUCCACUCGCGGGGUUUUUUUUUUUUUUUCUUAUCCCCGUUUUGUCGUGUUGAAAUGCAGCAUGUUAGCUUCGCUCUGUGAGCUCUCACCCCCCCGGCCGUUCCACACUUCAGCGACGGAGACACAAACUUGUUGUAACCGAGCUGAGGAGCAACUUUUCCAGCUGCCGCAGUAGUCAACGGGCUGUCCGAUGCUAAGCUAACCCACUAGCCAAAAGUUUGGAUUCUGUUUUGUUAAAAGUUCACAGGCGACAAGGUGAACUUCUCGCCUCGGGAUUCGUUUGUCAGGCGAGAUUUCCGGGAAGCUUUGACAGAGUGAGCUGCCCCUCGGAGGCUCACUUUUCCUGGGUCAGUGCGGUGCAGGUGCACCUCCUGCGGCACCUGCGAUAACAGUAACUUAGCCCCAUCCGCAGAGAGCUAACUUUAGCCUGUUCAUAGCCUGAAGCACACGAAGACGAUGUUGUUAAACUCAUUUACUUUCGUCGCUGACAUAUUUAGAGUUUGAAGAAGUCGUUUAGUGAGUUCCAGUGUUUUAUGACCGUCAGUGGUAACAUUAGCUAAAAGCUACCCCGGCUAACCGUAGCCAGCAGCCCCGCUAGCUAGUCAUUGACCCUCACACUUCUACCGGAGUGGCGACGUGGAUGCAGGGCUGUAGACGCCGUCUCCCACAGGACUUUGGACACAGUGUGACUCUGCCGUGGGCUGCGCUGGGACUUCCCCUCUCCUCUCAGCCUCGUACAUGUGACGGCAUGAGGAUUUCAAAAAGUUACCUCUUAGCGUUUUAAAGUUUUCAUUUUUUUUUUUUGAUCUAAAAGCUCUGCACCCUAUGGUGCCGCUACGGCCACCGAGAAAUGGAUGUCUCGCAGGCCGCUUUCCCAAACGGUGAAGGGCGGCCGGGCGGCGGUGAGACCGGGGAGCAUGCCUGGACAGAUUCACCCACAGUCCGGGCGUGGGCUCACUCUGCCCCGCUCUGCCCGACCCGGUCCCUUUGGACAGCCGCGUACGACUACGAGGGAAGCGGCGAGGACGAGCUCAGCCUCCGGCGAGGGGACGUGGUGGAGGUCCUGUCCAAGGACGCAGCGAUCUCCGGGGACGAGGGGUGGUGGACGGGUAAAAUCAACCACCGGGUCGGGAUCUUCCCCUCGAACUAUGUCACAUAUCAGCCCGCUAUUUACCGUCUCCCUGCUUCGAGUGGAUCGGUGGGGACACGGGAGCGAGUCCCGAGCUCGCCCGUCCAGAUUCCAUUCAGUGAACUGGUACUAGAGGAGAUCAUUGGCGUGGGUGGAUUUGGCAAAGUUUACCGGGGCACAUGGAAGGAUCAGGAGGUUGCCGUGAAGGCGGCUCGGCAAGACCCGGACGAGGACAUAACAGCCACCUCCGGCAGUGUUAAACAGGAGGCGAAGCUUUUCUCCAUGUUGCAGCACCCCAACAUUAUCAAACUGGAGGGAGUGUGUCUGGAGGAGCCGAACCUGUGUCUGGUUAUGGAGUAUGCCCGAGGCGGGACACUGAACCGGGUGCUGACCGGAAGGCGCAUCCCUCCACACAUCCUGGUCAACUGGGCCGUGCAGAUCGCACGCGGGAUGCACUAUCUCCACGAGGAGGCCGUGGUACCCAUAAUCCACCGUGACCUGAAGUCCAGCAACAUUUUAUUACUUGAAACGAUCGAGAAUGACGAUAUCGGGAGGAAGACCUUGAAGAUCACAGAUUUUGGCCUGGCCAGGGAGUGGCACAAAACCACAAAAAUGUCAGCUGCAGGCACCUACUCCUGGAUGGCCCCCGAGGUCAUCAAGUCAUCUCUGUUCUCCAAAGGCAGUGACGUCUGGGGAUACGGAGUCUUGCUGUGGGAGCUGUUAACAGGGGAGGUACCGUACCGAGGGAUAGACGGCCUGGCUGUAGCUUACGGCGUGGCAGUCAACAAGUUAACUCUACCAAUCCCCUCCACCUGCCCCGAACCCUUCGCCAAGCUCAUGGAAGAGUGUUGGGACCAGGACCCCCAUGUACGUCCCUCCUUCUCCUGCAUCCUGGAGCAGCUGUCGGCGAUCGAGGAGGCGGUGAUGGCCACCAUGCCUCAGGAUUCCUUUCAUAGCAUGCAGGACGACUGGCGUGUGGAGAUCCAGGAGAUGUUCGAUGAGCUCAGGACCAAAGAAAAGGAGCUACGUUCCCGGGAAGAGGAGCUGACGCGAGCUGCCCUCCAGCAGAAGUCUCAGGAGGAGCUGCUGAAGCGUCGGGAGCAGCAGCUGGCCGAGAGGGAGAUCAACGUGCUGGAGAGGGAGCUCAACAUCCUCAUAUUCCAGCUCAACAAAGACAAGCCCAACGUGAAGAAGAGGAAGGGCAAAUUCAAACGUUCUCGCCUCAAACUGAAGGAUGGAAACCGCAUCAGCCUGCCCUCAGAUUUCCAGCAUAAGAUCACUGUGCAGGCAUCGCCUUCUAUGGACAAGAGGAGGAGCCUUCAUAGCACCAGCUCCUCCCCUCCCAGCAGUCCCACACUCAUCCCUCGGCUACGAGCGAUUCAGCUCACCCAGGAUGAGAGUAACCGUACAUGGGGCCGCAGCACCCUCUACAGGCCAGAAGAGUUUGAUGACGUGAAGAAGGGAAUCAAGAAGAAAGGAAGAACCUGGGGCCCCAGUUCAAUACAGAGCAAAGAAAGGCCUGCUGCUGCUGAGAGGUAG